UAUCAAGUCUUUCAAUUGCGUUCUACAAGAACUCUAACCAAAACAUCUUCUAUUGCAUCUUCUUACUUUCUAGACAUCAAACCAAAUUUACCCAUUUAUCAUGGCAUCGAUAGCUUCAGCAAAAUAUGGCAAGGACAACGUCCGCGUCUAUAAAGUAGAGAGAGAUGAGCAGACUGGAACUCAAACUGUCACUGAAAUGACCGUUUGUGUAUUACUGGAGGGUGCUAUCGACGUCUCAUAUACCAAGGCCGAUAACAGUGUUGUGGUUGCAACCGAUUCCAUGAAGAACACAGUCUACAUCAAAGCCAAGGAACAUCCAGUUACUCCACCCGAGCUCUUUGCUAGUAUUCUCGGAACUCAUUUUAUCGAGACCUACCCCCAUCUCACCGCAGCCAACAUCAAAAUCAUUACUCACAGAUGGACACGAAUGACUAUCGAUGGCAAGCCCCACCCACAUUCAUUCUACAGGGACGGAAGCGAGACACGAAAUGUUGAAGCCGUUGUCAAGAGAGGAAAGGGCAUCGAUAUCCGUAGCGGAAUUGUUGGGCUCUUGGUUUUGAAGAGCACCGGCUCGCAAUUCCACGGCUUUGUCCGAGACGAGUACACUACCCUCCCCGAGGUUUGGGACAGAAUUUUGUCAACUGAUGUUGAUUGUGGCUGGUCGUGGAAAACAUUUGCCGGAUUGGACGCUGUGAAAGAGACCAUCCCCAAAUUCGAUAAAGCAUUUGAUGAUGCCAGAAAUAUCACCAUGAAGACAUUCGCUGAAGAGAACAGCCCAUCUGUACAAAACACCAUGUACAAGAUGUGUGGCUCCAUUUUGGAGGCCGUCCCCGAAGUCGAUACUGUGGAUUACUCCUUGCCCAAUAAGCAUUAUUUCGAAGUUGAUCUCAGCUGGCACAAGGGUCUUAAGAACACUGGAAAGGACGCAGAAGUUUAUGCUCCUCAAUCUGGACCAAACGGACUCAUCAAUGUCACCGUCACUAGAACUCCAGUCACACCAAAGCUAUAG